GAGGGACCUCGUGUUGCAAAGGAAUCAAUUGGGAACAAUCUUUGACUUCUCUGGAUCAGGACAAUGACUUCCACUGGGACCGAGAGUGGGAAGAGCGGCCAGUACCGGGUGGAUCACCUUCUGAGUGCGGUGGAGAAUGAGUUGCAGGCCGGGAGUGAGAAAGGGGACCCCACGGAGAGGGAGCUGAAAGUCAACCUGGAGGACGUGGACUUGUGGCUGAAGUUUAAGGAACUGACCAACGAGAUGAUAGUGACAAAGAAUGGCAGGAGGAUGUUUCCCGUGCUGAAGGUGAACGUGUCGGGGCUGGAUCCCAACGCCAUGUACUCAUUCGUUUUGGAUUUUGUGGCUGCCGAUAAUCACCGCUGGAAAUACGUGAACGGGGAGUGGGUUCCGGGGGGGAAACCCGAGCCCCAGGCUCCCAGCUGCGUCUACAUCCAUCCGGACUCACCCAACUUCGGAGCCCACUGGAUGAAAGUGCCCGUCUCCUUCAGCAAAGUCAAACUCACCAACAAACUUAACGGAGGAGGACAGAUAAUGUUGAAUUCCCUGCAUAAAUACGAGCCCAGAAUCCACAUAGUGCGUGUUGGAGGGCCGCAGAGGAUGAUCAGCAGUCACUCGUUCCCGGAGACUCAGUUCAUAGCAGUGACAGCUUACCAGAAUGAAGAGAUCACAGCCCUUAAAAUUAAAUACAACCCAUUUGCGAAAGCCUUCCUUGAUUCCAAAGAAAGAAGCGAUCACAAGGAAAUGCUGGACGAAGUGGGUGACAAUCAACAAUCUGGAUAUUCGCAAUUAGGUGGCUGGUUUCUCCCAGGCACUGGAGCCCUGUGUCCUCCUUCUAAUCCGCAUCCUCAAUUUGGAGGGCCUCUCUCUCUCUCCACUCCCCACGGCUGUGAGCGUUACUCCACCCUCAGGAAUCACCGACCUGCUCCUUACCCCAACCCCUACACACACAGAAACAACUCCCCAACUGGUUAUCCUGAUAAUUCCUCGCCCUGUCUCUCCAUGCUUCCAAGUCAUGACAAUUGGUCCAGCCUUCAGGUCUCCACGCACACCAGUAUGCUGCCUAUGUCACACAGUACUGGCACUGCCACGAGCUCCAGCCAAUACCCGAGUCUGUGGUCGGUCAGUAACAGCACCAUCACCCCAGUGUCCCAAUCUGGCGGUAUGUCCAGUGGUCUGAGCUCACAGUUCCUGCGGGGUUCCCCAGCUCAUUAUACAUCUCUGGCUCAUUCCGUAAGCGUCUCCUCGUCGGGAUCGCCUCUCUACGACGGAGUAACUGGAACUGAGCUAAGUGAGAAUCAAUAUGAUGCCUCUGCACACAGCAGGCUCGCCUCCUCUUGGACUCCUGUUACCCCACCAUCCAUGUGACAGCUCCCACGUUCACAUCACCUUUCUCAAGCCAAUAUUUAAUUGAAAGACUUCCUGGAAGGUUUCAUUUGAACUCGGGACUUUGUUUUUUGGCUCCUUGGAAAAUCGAAGAAAAAGCACAAAAGCAAACAAUGUUGUUUUCAUGAGUGCUUGGGAAAGUUUACUGUAUAGAUCGUCCAAGAGGGGUGUUGAACAGCUGCAAAGCCCCUCUAUCUCGGGGAUUGCAACAGUCUCUCUCUCGUCAGCAGUGGUGCAAAGAUUUCAAUUGUAGCCUGUUUUCACAAGAUUCUCUCUCUAGAAACUAUAUUGUGCUCAAAUCGAUAAACUAAUGGAAUAUAGUUACUGUAUAAAGUAAAUGCAAUCUGUUGCCCGUCCUAGGUCUUGUGAAGUUACUGUAAAUCCUUCAAUGAAUUAAAUAGUUAUUUAUCAGUAGAACAGGAUAGAGAGAGUCUCAUAGUCUUGUGUGUGUGUGUAUGUGUUAUAUUGUGCCUUAAAUCAAACGUCAUACAGAUUUCUCGAUUUCUUUAUUGUACCCAGUACAUUUUUCUAAAGAUUUCAAAAACAGUAGUGGGCAAUCAAUAUAUUUGAUCAGAUAUGGUGUAAAUUGAAUGUUAUCGCAUCGCCUUCCCCUGUAUUCUUACUAAAACUUCAACAGUAAUGAUUGUAAUCUGGCCCGGAACAAAUCAUCUUAAAAGUUACACCAACCACAACAGUAGGAAAUGCUAUGUGUAAGAAAAAAAUGACUUG